AUAUCGCACCUGUCAUGUUCCCAAACUAACUAGCAUUCCGGAUAAGAUAAAUAACGAGAUGAUAUCUAAUCACAAUUAACUGCAAUCAUUACUAAAGUUGUAUUAUGUGUGAUCACUUCUAACGAAAUAUAGAAAAAUGGCUACAGUUCACAGAUUGUAUAUUAUGUUGGCGUCUUUGACGUCCGCAAUAGCGGUAAUUUUAGCCCUAGUCGCUCUCGCUACUGAAUAUUGGGUGGAAUCUGAGUACAAUUACUCGGAACUAGGUAGCGAUGAUAUUAUACAUGGUAACAUUAAUUAUGGAUUGUUUUCUGGAAUGGAGACGAGUUAUUUGACGAGCUCACGUUGGGCUAUUUACAUAACCUGUUUAUACGGUCACAAUAUAUGUGGAUGGUUGUGCGACAGCGACGGAGACAGACGGGCAGAUAUAUUGGAACAAUAUUAUGAAAACGAAACUUACACGAACACAGAUAGAAUCAAUUGCAAUUCGAUCUCCAAAGCUUUUCCCGUCACAUUCCACACUCAUUCCUUGAAAGGGAAUGAAUAUGAUGAACGAAGUUUUAUAAACGCCGGCGCCUACUUGUGCACGGUCCUCUUCCUCAUAUUCGCCGUGGUGUCCGGCGCCGUGGCGGCGGGACUAUCCGCCUGGAAUUCCGUCAUGAAUCCCAUUUACUGGUGGCUCAGCAUUCCCGCUUUGUACAUUUGUAAUUUGGUCGCUUUUCUCUGCACCGUCCUGUACAUGUCGCUGUGGGGCGGCAUGUACGCCGUCACCAUACACAAGGACGUCGUCACGAUGGAAACGCUCAACAGGGUCGCGAAAACCAACGGGUUGGCCGACUUGGGAUACUCUUACUGGAUUAAUUUUGUGCCGUUGGUGUUUUAUCCUGUGAGCAUUGGUUUAUUGUACACGAGGAGUAUAAUAAUCUCGAGGGAUCCGAUUCAUCAGAUCGAGAAAUCGAUGGACACGCCAGAAAAUCCAGACAUAUAUUUGUUCUAAACAUGUCAUUAAUUUAUCUAGAGAAUUUGUAGCACUUGUAAUAAGUGUGUUGAUUAAUCACACUAUAAUUAGUCACUAGUUGAUUAAUUUUUGACAUAUAAUUAAUUUUUUACUUGACUUUGUUUAUAUAUUUCCCUUAAUUAAUAGUCAUGGUUAACAACACAUGCCUUAUUUGACGUUUAAGAUUUUAAUUCAGAUUUUAUUCUGUAAAUUCUACAUAAACUAGUUUUUUAAGCAAAAUUUGGUAAAAGAGUCAAAUUUUUAUCAUUAUUUUGUUGUAGCUAGUUUUUAAUGUACUUUAAAACCAUCGUAAUUAUUUACUUCUUGGAAUAUUUGGAAACAUUUGCGUUUAAAAUAUUCGAUAUGCUUAUAUAAAAUUAAAUAUUGUUGAAAUAUUUCCAUUAAUUUGAUUAUCUCACAACAAUGUUUUUAGAAAAGUAUUCAUUUUAUGACAAACUUGAAUGAUAAAGGUCACUGCUUUAAAAAACCAAAUUAAUGGAAAUUUUUCAAUAUACCAUUGUAAUAUACAUAAUCAGAUAUUUUCAAUCCAAAUAUCUUGAAAACAGUUACUGUUAAGUUAAAGUGUACCUUUUUUUUAAUAGUAAUUUUUGACAAACACAAUUUUUAUAAAAUAUUUGACAAUCGAAAAAAUAAAAAAAAUACAGUGCUUUUGAAGUACAUCACGAAUCGUAGAAUAAUGAAGAAAAUUUAACUUCCCAAGUUAGAGAACACAGUUUUGUCGAAUUGGUUUGUACAAAAAGAAUAAAUUCAAAAAUAUAAUCUUAAAUUUGUUCAUGGGUAAUUUGGUUAAUAUUAAAUUUUAAGAGGCAAACUGUACAAUUAUGUGGUUGUAAUAAAUGUAUUGGUGUACUGACAUAAUUUAUAAAUUUAUUUUACUAUGAUAUUAUACAAU